CCCGACAAGUUCAUCAACACUGAUGCUCUCUUCGAUUCGAUUACACUCUCCUACUCUUGCUCUCCCAGUGUUCCAGUUUUCGACCAAGUCCGAGCGCGGGAAUCAUUAAAUAAAUAGUUUAAACUAUUUAGUGCCCAGAAAAAGCGUAUAUUUUAUCAAUAGAAUACUGGACUAUUGCAGCAGCAGCUCGGGGCAACCGAAAACGGCAGCAAUAACAACAGAAAAGCAACAGCAGCAGGAACAGCAACAUUAACAGCAGCCAACUGGCGUGUGUGUGUGUGGUACAGUUGGGUAGAAAAACAUCGUCGUUAGCUGGGCGGUGUUGCCACCUCGGCUGUGGCGAUUAUUGCCACCACUCUUGCGCUGCGCCGCAGCAGUUGUUGUGCAUCUUGGCGAGUUUUAACGAGCAGUUCUGUUUUCGUGCUGUUUUUUUUAAAACAAAAAAAUACAAGUAAUUGCAGCAGUUAGCAAUUAUCGCUUAGCGAAAGUCGAUCGAUCGAGAACCGAAGAGAGCCGUCCGAUUUGCCGUGAGAGCAAACCGAUUUAGCAAUAAUAAUUGUGAGAGCCAGAGAGGGAGAGCGCGUUGUGAAAGUGGCAAGCGAAAAGUGCUAGCAAAAGUAAAAACAAACUCCCGAUAAAAUGCAAAGCGAUUUGCAAAGCUAUCCAUGAAAGAUGCGAGCUGGAAAAAAACAGGCAGCUGAUAGCGGAAAGACACGUCCUUGCAUUGUCUACGUGAGGAAUAUACGGGAGGAGUUGCCAGGACCAGGUCGGCCGAGGAAGGCGACCCAACAGCAGCAGCAGCGGGUGCAGCAGCAGUUGAAACAGGAACAGGACCAACAGCUAAGGGAAACACGAGGACGCCGUGCCGGCGGAGGAGCAUCAGCCACGGCAUCCAUACACGAGAGACAGCCACCGGGCAUCGCCCUGCGAACACGGCAGGUCGCCACGCCGCCGGUUAAGAGACAACAUCAGCUCGUGUCGUCGCCGCCUUCCCCGCAGCGGAAGGCCAAAGAUACCAUACUGGCGAAGCGACGCAAUACCAAUCUGUUGCUGGGUAAUCCCAUCCAGAAGGUGGGCGGUCUCAGUACCCGGCGCAUCACCACACACACCGAGCCGACGCCGUCGCGGGCCCAGACGCCCAAGAUGUUCAAGAGCAAACACCAGCCGGUGGCGAUGAGCCCGCCGCCGACUAUAGCGGCCAGUCGAUCGAGGCGAUCGAUUAAACCGAAUCCGAAGUACACCAGCGAGGACAUGGUCACGCCAAAGUAUCUGGCCGCCUUGGCGAGCGAAUCGGGCAGCAGUCCGUCGCCGGUGGGACGUCACAGGUCCAAGCAGAUGUAUCGCAACUCCAACGACGACCUCAACGAUCUGCUCGAUCUCGACGAGGACGACGACGACGAGCUGGCGGACGCCGCCUUCAAUCCCCAACUGCAUAAGUCGGACGACGACGACGACGAUGAUCUGAGCGAGGGCGAGUUCGAGGAGGAGCUGCGUCGGCCGAAGCUGCCGCCGGUGAAGCGUGGACGUGGACGUCCGCCGAAGGCCAGUACCUUGGCCAACGCGUCCAGCUCGUCGCUGGGCAACACAUCAUCGGUGGCUUCCAAGAUGGGCGCUUCAGCCGGACGACCCACACCCAGCAGCCUGCAGCAGCUGCGUCGCAACAUGGCCGUGAAUAUUGCUCGAAACAAUGCCAGCUUAACGGAGGGAUCCCAGAUAAGCAACGCCAAGCGCAAGCUGGAGAUCAACGACACCGACAGUCCGGUGGCGCGCAAACGCAUGGUCCUCUCCGCCAUGGGGGGCAGUGGCCAGCGCAGCGUUCCCGUCGUCAAUGGGGCCACCAAAUCGUUGGGCGGACACGGCGGCACCACCACCACCAUCACUCAACGCUCCAAGAUGGGACAGCUGCGGAUGGUGCCGCAGAGUUCGUCGGUGACGUUCAAAGUUAACACUGGCGGUGGUGGACGCACUGUUCCGGGCAAUUCACGGUCCGCGGGCGGUGGUGGUGGAGGAUCAUCGGCUGGCAGUGAUUCGAAACACAACAAGUCGGAUGACGGAGACGAUGUGCCCACGUUCACCAUCGUCAACAUAGACGACAUUAUCAACCAGGACGAUGUACUGAUCAGCAGAGCCAAUAUCAAUGCCGCCGCAGCAGCAGCAGCAGCCGCAUCCACGGGCGGCACAGUCGGCAAGAAGCUACCUGUGGGCCGGCCCCGCACCAGGGGCAUCCCGCCCAACAGCAGCAGCGGUGGCGGUGGCGGUGGGGCUGAGAAGAAGACGUCGGAUAAGGAGAAGUCGAGCCCCUCAUCGCUGAGUAGUCUGAGUCCACCCAAACGGAUCAAGAUCCUCGCCAGCAACACUUCGAGCAGCAACGCCGCCAACAAAUCCCAUUCGGGCUACAAUCAAAACAAGAACAUCCUGAUGAAGCCGCAGCCCCGGAUUCUCAACACGGAAAUGGGCAAGAAGACGCAGACCAUGAAGCCGCUGAUGAACAUGGGCAAGGAGAUCUGUCCCACGGACAUCGACACCGAGGAGGACGAUCUGGAGCCCGAUUUGGAUCUCGACGAUGAUGAGCCGCCGGCCACGAUAGUGACUCGCAAGAAUAUCAAAUCGAUCACCUUAACAUCCACACCGCAUAACGCAUCCGCGGCCAGCAAGUGGAACACCAACAACAACAACAAUAACAAUAACAAUAGCAACAAUCGCCGGAAUAUCCUGUCGACGUCAUCGGCAUCCUCGGUGAAUGCCCGCACAGAUAGAAAGCUAUCGAAGCUGCUCGGCGAGUCCGGGUCGGGUUCGGGUGCGGGUGGGAAUUCUGGGGAGCUGCCGGCGCUCUUCAAGAAGCCCGGCAUCAGUCCCCAGCGUCGCAGCAAGGAGAAUCAUCAGCAGAAGGACGACGAGCUGAAGGAUGCCGGUGGAUCGGAAACGCAUAAAAGCAUCACCAACAGCAGCAGCAGCAGCAGCAGCACCAGCACCAGCAGCAGUAGCCAUCCCAAAUACUUUCCGCCCGAGACGACCAUCUUCUGCGAGGAGGACGGCCGUGUCGUUAAGAAGAUCACCUGCUAUGAGACGUGGCAUGUGAUCAGUACGGCCAAGGAUUCGCCGGCGAAGUCGACGCGACAGCAGCGCACCUGCCUGGAGCUGGCGCUCGUCAAGCUGGCCAAUGUCGCCAGCCGGAUCAAGGUGCCGUCGAGCAAAUGGACCAGCAAGGUGACGCUCUACAAGGUGUCGCCAACGCUGAUGCAGCGCCAGACCAUGACCAUCUUCACCGGCGACCUGAAGGUCUACAAUAUACCGGAGGAGGACCGGCACAAGUACCAGCCGUCGUGCGUCCUGUUCCGGCGUUCGGCACUGGACCGGACCAAGUGCCGGGUGCCGUACGAUCGGGCCAUCAUUUUCAAGAACAAGUGCUUCUAUGCGAAUAUCGAUGGGAAGCACGUGAACCUAUUGGGUGCCCCGGAAUCGGUGAACACCCUCAAGGAUGUGGAGAUCCUGUUGGACAUUGUCGAUCGAUUGUCGCUCAAUAGCGAGCUGGUGGAGAUGGUGAAUACCACCAAGUGAGCACCCAGAGGGGCCAGGAUAACAACUAGGACAUGUAUCACAUUGUAAAAAUACACAUACACACACACAGACAACACACACACACAACAAAAAAUCAGAAAAAAAAAAAAAAACAGAAACACAUACAACACAAACAGAGAAAAGGACAUUUUUAUGAUUUGUUUUAUGCAAUAGAGAGCCGAUAAUACUAUAAAAAAAAAAACUAAUUUUUUUUUUUUUUGAUUAAUCCAUUAACUUAGUUUUAAUCGUUAGUCUAGCGUAAUUACCUAUAUCUUAAUAUCAUAAAA